UCGUAGGGGUUGCCCAAGGAGGUCGGAAAAACAGGAGGCGAAAAACAAAGCCAACGACCAAACAAUGUGAGAAAAUGCACGCGUGCGAAAAUGCUGCUCAAAAAGUACGUGAAAACGCGGCGUAAGGUGAAGAUCCUUCUCCUCCUGGCCAUCGUCGGUCUACUGGUCAUCACCAUCAUAGUGCUGGGCUCCAGUGGACGUAAUGCGGCCAUUGAAUUGCUUCUGGACGAGCGGUUCAUUGCCCGAGCCUACAGGCCCGGGGAUCAGCCUCAAUCCCCCGAAAAGCCACCGGCAGUCGCUGUGGCCCUGAUCCAGGCGCAGCGGGAGAACGGCGUGAUUGUGCCCGAGAAGUACGAUGAGCAGAAGAUCAAGGAGCGCAUCAUCCAGAGCAAAAUAGAUCUGAUGAAGCAGCAGCAGCAGAGGGACCACGAGGCGGAGCAGGCGUCGAGGACCACUUUGGAUGUGGUGAUCACAGCAGUGCAUAUUUUCUACACAGCACCAGUGCCGUGGUACAAGUCCAAGAAGCCACCUCCGCCGCCGGCGGAGCAUCCAACCGAUGUACCACUAACAACUCCGCGACCAGUCAGGAUUCUCAACACAGCCUUCUAUCCGGCUUUGGGUCUCUACAAGCCCAGUACGUCGCUGCUUUCCCAGCACUUUGAGAACAUCCGCAGCUGUGGCAUAGGAGUGCUCAUCCUGAGCUUCACCGGUGGCAAGCCGGCGGAGGCGGCGCUACUCCAUCAGAUCCUGGAACUGGCCCCCCAGCACAAUCUAAGCGUGACCUUCGAACUCAGUGUGGCCGGAAAUCAAAGCGUGGAGUAUGUGCGGCAGCAGCUGCAGGAGAUUUCCACCUACGCCAGUCUGCCUGGAUUCUACAAGGUCUGGAGUCAGUCGAGAGGUGUCUCCCUGCCAGUUCUCUACGUGAGCAAUGCCUACAAGUUGAGUGAUAGUCUGGGCAGGCUGCUCUGUCGAACGCCUUCGCUGGUGGAACCAGAUGGAUUGAGAAGGGUACUGGACGCCUUCUUCAUAGGACACAUAAGGCUCAAAAGUCAUGCGGAUGUCGUGCGGCGAUUGUGUUUCGACGGCUUCUAUAGUAAACUGCCCAGCAAUGGAGCUGUGUUCGCCAGCACCUGGAAGAACUGGUCGUAUCUGAAAUCGUUUGCAUUAUCCUACAAAAUGCUGUUUGUGCCCACUGUCGGUCCGGGAUUUGCGGAGAGAAACAAGUUUCCACGUCAUGGGGAUAUUCAACGGCACCGCAGCAAUGGAAGGUACUAUGGAGUUGCCUGGAGAACAGCCAUUCUGAACCAUGUGGGUUUCAUAAACAUAGCCAGCUACAACAACUGGCCAGAUGGCAGCCAAAUUGAGGAGGUGAUGCCCCGUGCUGGAUUCCUGGACUACAAUCCUGGCUCACGAACCAAAUAUCUGGAUCUCACAGCCCACUGGGUGGGAAACUUUCUGAAGACGCGACAGGAGGCGGCUGCUGCAGCUUCUCCGGCAUCGCCCCAAAAUUGCUACGAGCUCUUGAAUGGGACUAUUUGCUAGGCGCACAAAACACUUCCGAAACGGAGAUAAUCCUAGUUACUUUAGAAGCAAUAGCAACAAUUGCAGGCCACACAAUUACUUUCGAACUGUUAACGAGUCUUCUGCUACACAUAUAUACACUACAUAUAUCGUUUUGAUAGUGAUAUUUUUAAUAACUCAGAUUAAUUCGAAACAUCAAGGGAGUGACAAAUACAAGUCGAGUUUUUUAGCAAGAAAUCAAGUUCAUUCUACCAAAAGGUUGUGCAUGAAUAAUUAAUAUUUAUACUUAACGCCAAUCACAAGGACAAUUGAAAACACAGCUAUGGAAUACUAGUCAGUUUUCUUGCCAAAACUCUCGACAAAAUAUGAAUCAAACGCAAAAGAAAGCAAUUAAAAUUGAUAUCAAUUAAAAGUAACUCUAGAGCCAGACAUACUUUUUUAUUAAAUCUAUACUAGCUUUCAAUUAUUGUAGAAUAUAGAGGAGAACAAUAUCAUAACUUAAUGCCAUGCCAUAUUAUGUAGACACCAAAGAAAAUUAUCUAUGUUAUAACGGAUAUAAAGUAAACACUUGUUAAACGAUUGGUACUUAAAAAAUUUUAACUUUAUUACCAGUACAAUAUAUAAAUACUUUAU